AAUUUAGUUUAGUUUUCUUCUCACUUUCCUUUGCAAAGAGUUACAUUUCUGGCAGAUUAAAAAUGUACGAUAGCGAAUCGCCUCUAAUUGACGGUCAAUUCAGUUUCGACGAAAUUUCAAUUCGUCAUGGAUUUAUCAGAAAAGUCUAUGCAAUAUUGUCAGUUCAACUUCUAGUUACUUUAGGCUUCAUAGCUCUUUUCGUUUUUGUCGACGACAUUCGCUUGUACGUCGAAGAUCAACCAUGGAUGCUUAUAGUUGCGAUGAUUCUUACAUUCGUUCUUCUUAUCGCGCUAGUAUGCUUCGAGAGCUUGAGACGACAAACGCCGACUAAUUUUAUACUUCUCGGCUUGUUCACGUUAUGCGAAAGUUUUCUCCUCGGGGUUAUUUCCAGUCAAUACGACACUAAAAUUGUCCUCGUUGCUAUAACAGUGACGGCAAUAGUAGCGGUCUCGCUGACUAUUUUCGCGUUUCAGACCAAAAUCGACUUCACAAUCUACAGUGGGCUUAUGUUCGUUGUACUUAUUUGUCUUAUAGUGUUCGGAAUUAUAGCAAUUAUUUUCCCGAAUGACAUACUAACAGCGGUGUAUGGAUCCUUGGGAGCGUUGGUAUUUUCUGCUUAUUUGGUAAUCGAUACCCAAAUGAUGAUCGGCGGAAAACACCGAUACAGUUUGAGUCCAGAAGAGUAUAUUUUCGCCGCUAUCAAUCUCUAUCUCGACAUUAUCAAUAUUUUCUUAUAUAUUCUGACUAUUUUGAGUGCAUUGGAUCGAUAAAAUUUUUGCAUUCACUUUCAUCUCUCACUAAAAUGUGCAUCAAAAUUCUAUCAUAAAAACAGCUGAUCAUGAAAAGAAAUAGCCUUAAUUCAGCUUACUUUCUCAACAAAGUAUCAAGUAUCAAAUUUGUUAUUUUUAAAUUGGAAAUUUAUUGUAUAUUCGUCCGUCAUUGGUUACUGAGAAUGAAUUACACGUUUACUGCUGUUAUGCAUGUAUAUUCAUUUUGUUCCGUUCGGCUGAAAAGGGAAGGAGUUUUCUAUCAAAAGUCUAAAAAUGGCUUCUGAACUUGACUGAACCUUCUUAAACUCAACCUAUCAUAUAAAGCUUUCGUAGGAACUUGAGGUGAUACUAUCUUAGUAGUUUAGACUGCCUUGAAUAAAUGUACAAAUGGGUUUAUUUUAUGUAAAAAAAAGAAUUAAAUUAUGGUUG